CCAUCUCUCUCUCUCUCAAAAUCGCAGGUGGGUUUUGCAGAUCUAACACGUCUCCAACACACACACAUCUCUCUCUGUCUCUCUCCCCAUUUCAUGCUUCUUUCUCUUACCAGCAGCAGAAGCUGAUAUAAGAACAAGACACCAAACUCUCUCACCAUCACACCACUCCCACCUUCUCACCAUCAUCAUCCUUUUUUUUUGGUUCCUCCCGGAUUUGAUUUCCUCCUCGUAUACCCAUCACCAUCUCUCGCUCUCUCUCCUUAUUCGUUCUAGUUUCGCUUUCCCUAUUUCCAGUUUUCCUCGCCCAACGCCUCUUUUUUCCAGCCAAAAACCUCUCUUUGUCCCGUUCUCUCGAACCUUUUUGUCGUCGUCAGAGAAAGAAAGAACCCUCCCGAUCCCACGCCGUUCAGUGGGCAGCGUCUGAGCCAACAAAUGCCACGAACACUUCUCAAACCAAAAAGUUAGGAAGCUACCCCUUGAAUUUCGCAAAUAUCCUUUCGACAUAUUCUCUUUUCUCUUUUUUGACAAAGAAAGAAAGGAAACGGGUGGAUUCGAAUGGGGAACUGCCAAGCGGCGGAGACGGCGGCGGUGGCGAUCCACCACCCGACCGGGACCAAGGUGGAGAGGAUACACUGGUCCGUGAGCGCCCACGAGAUCAUGUCAGCGAACCCGGGGCACUAUGUCGCGCACCUGAUAGCCGCCUCUCCUCAGGCGGCGGCGGCAGCAAAGGGGGAGAGCGGCUCCCCGUCAAGGCAGCUCAGGCUCCUGCGGCCCGACGACACUCUGCACAUCGGGCAGGUCUAUCGGCUCAUUAGCUUCGAAGAUGUGUUGAAGGAGUUUGCGGCGAAGAAGUGCGUGAAACUGGGGAAGCUGCUGGAAAGAUCAGGAGGGGUCGGAGUCGAGUCGAAGGAGAAAGAGUCGACGACGAGUCGGGGGCCGAGUUCAAAGCGGGACUCGGCGUCUGCUGACAACUGCGUGUCCACGAAGCGUAAACAAAGAGUCGAAAUAAGGGAUUUCCCUCCACAUUGGAUACCCGAAAUCAGGGAAUAGAAGCUUUGGAUCCUUUCUAUUCCUAAUGGUCGGAUCCCGCCAAAUAAAUCCUAACUUUCCUUUGACAUCCGUAAUUUCUUUCUUUAAUAAUAAUUUACCCGUUACAUAUCAUUUCGUAACUUGUCUUUACAUGGUGAAGCUUCCUAUUAUCCUCGUGAGCUUUUUGAGUCCUAUGAUUUGUAAUAUUCCUCAAAACAUUAGUAAUCUCUACCUAAGUUAAUAGCAGAUUUCUUUUCGUGUC